AUGGCAACUUCGUCGCUCCCUCCUGACAAGAAGCGUCGCCUCCUUCAGCGGGUGUCAUCAGUUGAGACUGAUCCGGGUGAUGCAUGGGUAGCUGAGCAUGCACCUCCAGGAAUCCGCACUGCGAAGGAUCUGCACGAAUGGCCGCUGGAUGUGAUGGAAUCUCUGACCAGGCCAGACCGUGACGAAGAGAUUGAGCUGCGCUUGCAUAGUCACCUGCUACAAGGUGUGUCCUUGUGUACAGACUACUCUGGGCUGGACUGUCCCAGAGAAGCCUUAGAGAUGGGGUUUCGGGCUUUGCAGAUGCUCAAAGGGUAUGACCCUGACACGGCCGUGAGCCCAGUGUGGGUUGGCCGCACGUGCGACAAGGGCCAGUUGCAGAAGCGUUUGCAAGUUGCACUUUCGAGCACCUUGGAAGCAGGGCAGCGAUGUCAUUUUGAGGACAUUCUGCAUCGCUUGCCGCUCGAAGGAAGGCAGUGGAUUGCAGCCGCUUCGCCCCGCAGGCAGGCUUCCAAGAGCGAGCGUGGUGAAGCGUACAAGUGCAUCGCUGACUGGGUCAUGGCGAACCGCAACAUGCUUUUCAGUGUGAAUGCAGAGAGCCAGUGCGUGGUGCAUCACAGGCGGCUGCAGGAGACCUUCGGCGACACGGCUGUUGUUUUGGCUUGGGAGGACGGUCCUGAAUGGCACGGAUGGCCGCACCGGAGGCGAAGGAUUUUGUCUUUGGCCGUCAACCGAAAAACAGCAGAUUGGUUCGGACCAACCUCAUCCAUGGAGGCCAGGGCCGACUACAGCAAUCGUUUCUACCGCCAAAUGGUGUCCACAGGGGAGAUCCUCAUGCAAGGUGACCAGGAGGAGCGCGUGAAGGACAUGGUGGCUCUGGCAAGAGCUCGAAAGAACAACGCUGACGACACCGCCGUUGAGAAACUCUUCGUGGACCAGGACUACGACAAGCUGGCCCAGCUCCUGCUUCCUCCAGGAGGCGUCCUUCGCCUUAAAGAGUGGCAAGAGCUGCACAAGAUGAAAAUGGCCGAGGCUCCAUUGCGAGCCUUCCUGUGCGACGUGGAUCACACAGUGAAGGGCAAAGGCCCCGUUGGUGGCGAGCUUUGGCCGACGCAGCUCACACAUGGCUCGGUCUUUGCUUUGAAAGGCAGUGAGGGUGAGUCCGUCGGUUGGAGAAUGGCCACAGCCAAAGAGCACAUGACCGCCUUGGGGUGGAGAGCGCAUGGAUCGUCCGAGGUGUUUCCGGUCUCCAAGAUGCUGGGCGUCAUGUCCGAUUUGAACCUAAGCCCGAACCAGGUCAAGACCUUGGCAGGUAACUCUAUGCACCUUCGAACGCAGAUGUCUUUCAUGUUUUAUGCCUUGGGUCACAUCAUGUUGAAGAGCGAAAGUCCAAAUGUUUUGCAGCGUGCAACCACGUGGCAAUGGGAGGCAGACAAGAUGGCGGAUGAUUUCGAAUCGGAGCUCGACCUCAUGCCGCAAGACGACGAUGAGGAAGCUGUGGAUGCAGAUGAUGGGUCGAGUCGUGUUCGUGGACGUGACCCAAGCUUUGCGAGCACGUGGCAGAGCCAGAGAUCCCGCGGACGUGGUCGGGGCCGCCAAGGUUCUGCGACUGCGAAAGCCAAGAACAAAGCGAACAAGGUGUGCUUCGUUCCUGGGUGUGAGUGCAGGUGCAAACCGCAUUCGAAGUUCUGCGCCUCUCAUCACAAAGAUGCGGAAGCCGUCCGCUACCAGGCCAAGCAGCAGGGCGACGAAGAGAUCAAGAAGACCGUUGAGGAGGCACUCGCCGACCCCUACAAGUGCAAGUUGGCGCUCGAGGACUUCGCCCGGAACAACCCCGCCGGCAGGUUCCGCAAGAAGCUCAUCGACUGGUCGGCCUUCCAACAGACCUUUGGACGACGGGCGGAGGUGAGGAACCGCGAAAACGAAGAAGAAAUGGACGUGAGCGACUACAUCGCGUACAUGACGAGAAAAGGCAAGACUGAGGAAGAAGCCAUGGAUAAGUGGAAGGAGCUCCUGGCGGACCCCAACAUUGAGCGCUCUGGGGAAGGCCAGGAUAUCAAGGUUUGGGUUCCUAUGAACCGCACUCGCAUGCGAGACACGAUUCACUACAAGGACUGUUCGCUCGCUGAGGGCAGCAAGGCGGCAAAGGACCUGAAGGAAGCAGACAGGCAAGACCUCAUGGACCAUGUCCAGCGCCAGCAGUACAAUGUUGCUGAUGCAUGGCUUCGUCAGGGCGUCGGGAACUUCGAGUUGCAGCUGCAGGGAGGCUCCAAAAAGGCCCUUCAAGAAGUCAAGCAAGAGCCAAGUUCUUCAGCAGGCCCGGAGAUCGCACUCGUGCGACCGAAAGCUGUGGAGAAGUACGAGAAGCUCGUUAGCUCUUGUUGGAGGAUGACAGAGACGGCCAAGAAAGCGGUGACAGAGGCUCUGCAGCUCGCUGUGGACAACACAGAGGACGACAAGCUGCAGACGGCGUAUGAAGUCAACUGUGUUACUCGCCUCUACAUGUUGCAGGUUUGUGAAGCAAGCACUAUGGCUGAUGUUCCCGGUCUUCGAACACCGCCGUCCUGCCCAACCGGUGGUGUCAAAGAGCUUACAGCUUUGGCUUCGUCGUCAUCCAAGUCGGCUACUUCGGCCCCGGCGGCCACGAUGAAUCAAGAGCAGCAAGCAAACAGCUUGCAGCAGCCGUCGGCGCCGCCGCCCGCCGACGCAGCCAAGGAUGGCGACCAGGCAUCCCAGGCGGCCGCUGCGACAGCAGCGAUCCAGGAGAGCCCGAAGAAGACCGUCGAUGCCCAGUCCACGAGUGGAGACUCCAACGCCUUAUCCCACAACGCCAAGGUGACUCGUUUCCUCAAGAAGGCUUUGCAGAUGGCUGGGACUUCAGGACAGCAUGUGAGCGACGUAGACAAGAUCAUGGGCUUGUCGCAGAUGGGUGACGCAUGCCAGUCACUCAUGGACUGCAGCACGAUCGAGGAGCUCAACAAGGUUGUUGAAGCUUUGAAGGCCGCUGCUGUGGGUGUCAAGGAACUCAAAGAUGGGGCUUGCAAAGCAGCGUCCAGCCUCAAAUCCCACAUCCAGGCGAGGCAGCGUGCUGGACAAAAGAAGCGCGCAGCGGAUAUCAAGUUGCAAGAACACAACGAAGUCCAGGAAAAAAGAAAACAGGCGAAACUUGCUGCGGAGCAGAUCAAGAAGCAAGAGACCGUGCUCCCGCCCAUCCUGAAUCUCGACUGGACGGCCAUCGCCAACGGUGCCGAUGACAGAUGUGUCAAGGUCCAGCUCAUGGAUGGCCCAGCCAAGAAGUCCAUCAAAUCCAUGGACCUCCCGGUCUGCGUCGCCAACUUCACUCCCAUCAACGACUUCCUGAAGAAUCCAAAGGUGCAGCUGCUUCUUGGUGGGUUUGGCGGCACGUACAAAAAGCAGUUGAAGCAAGUCUCGAAGGUCCAGGAUCUCGUCUCGAAGAACCACGGCCUAGAAGAGGUUGACAAGCUCUGGAGCUCGAUCGUCGAGUUGUUCGAGGCAAAGUUCACCUCCCCCAACGAGCAGAUGGAGAAUUACCUGCAAAAGAUCAUCCAGGCCAGCUGGAUGGUUGGAUUCGAUACUGCUGCUCACUACUUCGGCUUCUUGCCGAAUGGGCUAGCAAGCAUGAGACUCCUUUGCUCAGGUGAGAUGCUGUGGCUGCUUUUCGACAUGAGGCAGCUUUCAGCUGCCAUGAAGGUCAUCCUGGAGAAGGAUGACCAUGGAGGAAUCGAAGGUGUAACCGAGUUUGUGAAGAACUUGGACGAGAAGGGCGUCGCAAUGUUGGCAAAGCACGGUUGCACAGUUCACAUGAUCCAGCAAGGGCCAGGGCAAGUUCUUUUCAUCCCCACAGGUUGGUUUGCCGUGGAACGAUGUGUCAAGGGCUUGCUAGUGUAUGGGAUUCGAAAGACUUUCAUUUAUCCUAGCCAAAAAGCUUCCAGCAACUACGAGAUCCUCCAGGGCGUGCACGUGGAGUCGAAGAAGCCAGUGGACAAAAUGAGGGCGACGGCUGCUUUCAUCGCCCCUCCGGAUGAUGAUUGA